UAGUUUGUAUUUAUUUCUUAAACACCGUGACAUUUUUUUGCGUUGUUUGAUCUGCGAUUACAAAUGUUAAUUGUUUAAUUUCUUACAUUUUUAAAUUAAGAAUCGUUUAGUUUGCGUGUUUUAACAUUUUAAUAAUCUGGUAUAUUAACUGGUAAUUGGUGGCUUCAUGUCAAAUGUUAUUAAAAACCAAAGAUGAGUGAAAUCUCGGAAAAAAUUCGAUAUGUCUUGCAAUUUUACUUUGAUAACAGGUGGAACGCGUCGAAGGCGUGUGAAAAAAUUUGUGCUGUAUACGGUGACGAUGCUCUUUCGCAAUCAACUGCCAGAAAAUGGUUCGCACGGUUUCGUUCGGGAAAUUUAGAUGUGAAGAAUGCUCCUCGCUCUGGUCGACCUAUCACAGAUAAGGUCGAUGAAAUUAUGGAAAAAGUUCAAAUAGACCGACAUAUAAGCAGUCAUGACAUCGCUAGGGAAUUAAAGAUCAAUCACAAUACUGUUCUAAACCAUUUACACAAAGCUGGUUAUAAAAAGAAAAUCGAUGUCUGGGUGCCCCAUGAACUGAGUGAAAAAAGUUUAAUAAACCGAAUUUCUAUAUGCGAAUCACUGUUGAAGCGGAACGAAAUUGAGCCAUUUUUGAAUCGAAUGAUAGUAAGCGAUGAAAAGUGGAUCACAUAUGAUACACGUAAACGUUCUUGGUCAGAAACAGAUGAAAGAGGAACAUUACCAAAGCCAGAAUUGACGAAAAAGAAGUUAAUGUUAUGUAUUUGGUGGGAUUGCAAAGGUAUUAUCCAUUACGAAUUACUACGGCCUGGUCAAACGAUUGAUUCGAAUCUGUACUGCCAACAAUUAUUGCGAUUGAAAGAAGAAAUUGAGAAAAAGAGACCGAAAUUGAUCGAUAAUAAUCACGUUGUGUUUCAUUAUGACAGCACUAAGCCACACACAUCUUUAAUGACCCGUCAGAAAUUGAGAGAUCUUGGCUGGGAAGUUUUAAUGCAUCCACCAUAUAGUCCUGACAUUGCACCGUCAGACUUUUAUUUGUUCCGAUCUCUGCAAAACUCUCUCUCAGGAAUAAAAUUGUCUUCGGAAGAGGAUUGCGAAAAACACCUGCAUCAGUAUUUUAAAGAUAAAACACCGGAUUUCUACAGAGAGGGAAUAAUGGGUCUACCCAAUAAAUGGCAGAAGGUAGUGAGUAAAAAUGGACAAUAUUUAGACUAAUCGAAAAUAUCUUUAAAGUAAAUUUUAAAUAAAACAAAACAAAUAAAACACUAAUGGACUCAAAAUUGAUGUAAAAUAUGAUGUUAAA